UGUACUCAGCUUCAGCUUCACGUGCGGCUGCUUCUCUAACUUCACUUUCCUCCUCACUUCUUCACCUCUGCUAAACUUCACACCUUCACAUCCUCACACCUUCACACCCGACACGCGUUUCCACCUGACACGCGUUUGGCAGGCAGCUGGAGACCAUGAGCCACCUGAGCCACCUGAGCCCCGGACUGAUUUCAGCCUACAACAGUCUGACCGACAAACACCUCGCUGGAUACUUCAGCAACACUCGCAUCAGAAGACACUUGCAGAGAGCAGGACUGAUCACCAGGAGUGGCAGAAUCGUUCCUGACAAAGAGUACAGACACAAGCUGAGCCAGAGAGCCCACCAGAGACAUGUUCGGGAAUGUCUCGCCCAGGCCAUUUUCUUCAAAGUGCUGGAGAUGGAGCGUCUCCAUCAAAUCGAGAUCAAAAGGAAACUGGAGGAGUUUGCAAGUAGGGAACGAGUGCACAAGAUCAAGGUGGAGCGCUCCAGAAGGUAUGAAGACGACGUCAUCCCCAUCCUGUCUCCACACCCACCCACAGGUGUCAGGGGGUUCCGAAAGCAGCACUCUGGACCCGAGGGGGAGCACUCCGAGUCCUCCGAGUCUCUGGGAUCGUCUCGACCCAACACGGCUCCAGGGAAGAUGCAGAGGCCAGUGCGUCUGAAGCCGAUCCACAGUAACGGCACCACAGCUUCACUGAGACGCAGCUCCCCUUACAGGCUCCAAGAGUCCUCCAAUGAGAACGAUCAGCUGUUCAACUGCACUAUGACCAAGGAGUCGCGGAGACGUUUGACUACAAUGGAGACCUCCAAUGACAUCUCCCCCUACCGCCUCCCUGUCAUCAACAACUUUGUUGUUACCCCAGUGCCUCCAGCCACAAAGAGGAAAGAGAGGGGGCUCAAAGUCACUCCCAGUGGCGGCACGCUCAGAGGCCGCAGACUGCGCCCCACCACCGCCACCAGUGGUGCUAACGACCCCCCCAUGCUGAGGAGCUCUGUGCACCACAGCAGGGUGUGUGUGAACAUGGUGUACUUUGGCAAAACGGUGCAUCUCUCCCACGACCUGACCGACAUGAGGGACGAUGUGAAAGUGUUCCAGCAGCACUGCGGAGGAGAGAACCUGUCUGUGUAUAAAGGAAAGCUCCGCGAGGGAGAGUCCUUCCAGUUCCUUUCGAAGCGACACAGAGGCUUCCCCUUCAGUUUGACCUUCUUCCUGAACGGGCUGCAGGUGGAGCGGCUGAGCUCCUGCUGCGAGUUCAGACACAGGAAAGGCUCCAGACUUGGCGGCAGACACGGACACUUUGGCUUCGUCAGUGUAGAGGGGGCCUCUCCCUGCUAUAAGUGCAUCAUAGCGAUGGGAUUGGACAAAAAACCCACACCACCACCAAAGAGGGUGAAAGAGGAGGGAGGAAGAGAGGAGUCGGUCAUCAGCCCGAAAGAUGCUCCUGAGAUGGAAACAGAAAUGACCGGGGAGGAGGCUGCCUCCCAGUCCGACUGUGAAAGAGGUCCUCCACAGGAAGUGGAGUGUCGAGUCAAAGAGGCACAUGUCACUGUGCAGAGCAGAGUCAGAGAUGAUUAUGAAGAAGAUUUUGAAGCAGACGACGAGGGCCCUGUGGAAGAGGCGAAAGAAGAGAAAUCCCCAUCUCCCUCCAGUGACACUGAGACGCAGGUUAAAGAGAUGGAUGCAUCGGAGACUGAAGACGAUGAGAAGGAUGACGACAUGAAGUCUCGUUCAGGCUCCAGCUGUACAAGUAGCGACCAGGAGGCGAGUGAUGAUGAAGCCACACAAGACCAUAGAGAGAAAGCGGAGCAGACUUCGGCGGUUGAUGAAGAAGAAACUGUUGCUCCACCAGACGAGAAAGAUGAACCGUAUCCGGAAGAAGGAGCUGCGACUCAGGCUGAGUCUGGUGCGGCUAAAGACCCGGAUUUACAGCACAGUGCGGAGAACAGCACAGAGAUCGACAUCUCUGACACCAGCGUCCCCUUGGGGCAGGAGAUCAAACCGAGUGAUGACACCUCAGGAGAAAAGGAGGAGGUGAAAACAGAGGAUGAGGGCAAACAGGAGGAGCAGGGGCCUGAGAGGGCUAAAUCUGUGCAGGAGAAACUGGUGGAGGCCAUCCUGAAGGAGUCGCAGUGCAGCUCUGAGCCCGAACUGAGCGACACCAGCACAGAGGAGGAGGAGGAGGAGGCCACCGAUAAAGGCCACGGACAGAAAAGCAAUGAGCAGCAACCGAAUCUCGCAGAGGAGCUGAAAUGUGAAGAAAGUGUUGGUGAAGCUGAAGUUGUUGAAGAUCAGGAGGAGACAUCUGAGCCAAAAGAACAAGAGGAGGAUGGAACUGAAAAAGAGCUUCAUGAGAACAGGGAUAGCACCAAAGAUGAGUUGGACAAAAAACUGGAUGAAGAUGAUGAAAAGCCUGCGUCAGAAGAAGAAGAAGAAGAGAAGUUGGAGGACAGGGGUGCAGCUCUCCAUGCUGUGUCUGAAGGGAACAUGACACCAGAAAACCCAGCCUCAGAACCUGAGGAGGGUACAGAGGCUAAAUGCAAUGAUUCUGAAGCUGCACAGAAAGAUGUAGAGGGUGAGGAGAACACUGCAGAGGCAGAGGAGGCGGAUGAAUCAUCGGUAUCGGAGCUGGAUAGAAAGACUGACGAGACAGCCGCGUCGGAGGAUGCAGAGGAAGAGGCGAUGACAAUGAGCGAGACAGUGGAGAUGAAAGUGGAGCCCUCAGAGGAGCGAGAGGCCCUCAGCUGUGAAGAGGCACCUGCGAGUGACACAGAGGAGAGGCAGCAGGGAGUCAGCACAGCAGCAUCACAAGCAGAAGUCACGACGGAGGAUUCGAGCAGCUCGCUGGAGGGGAGCGCAGACACCACAGUGGAAAAAACAGCAGAUAUUAGUGAAGACAGUGUAAAGGACGAGGGCAGUAAAGAUGAGGUCAAAAAGGAAGAAGCAGAGCUAGUGAGUAAGGAUGGGAAUCGGCAAGAUGAAGGGUUGGGAGGAGAGCAGAGAGAAAAGUCUGUGGAAACAAAUGAUGAGGUAGAGAAGGAGAAAUCUGAGGAGGGAAGUAAGGAAGCAGAAGGUGAACAUCUUGAAGAAAAAGAAGAGAAUGAAAAAGAUAAAAAAGAGGAAGAGGGCGAAGAUGAUAGUAAGAAAGACGAAAUUAUAGAAGAUGAGGCAAAUGUAGAAGAUACUAGAACUGACUCAAACCCUGAAAGGCAGACAAAUAAAGAACCUGCUGAUGAAGAAGAUGAAGUUGCACAUGAAGAGAAAGCAGACGAAUCAGAAAAAGACGAGGGUAGUGAAAGUGUUGAGAAUAAAAAUGGCGAGGAAGAAUCUGAAGCAAAGGAACCCGUGAUUGAUAAAACCAGUGAAGGUGAAGAAGUAAAGGAGACGAAGGCAGAGAGGGACGAAGAAAAGGGUGAGGAAGCAGAAACAGAGGAGAGAAAUGAGGAAGAACAAAGGGAAUCUGAAAAGAGUAAAGAUGACAAUGAGAAAGCUGAAGAGGGAGAAGAAAAGUCUGCGAUUAGCGUAGAACCUGAGAAAAAUACUGAUGAGGAGAAGACCUCUGGCAAAAAUACAGCUGUGUCAGAAGAUGUCAAUGAAACAUCAGAUGGAAAUAGAAUGACUGAACACACGGUGGAGUCUGAAGAUGCUAAGAAAGAAACUGAAGGGCAGAGUUCCAACAGUGAGAGAGGAGAAAUUGAUGGUGAAAAUGGAGAGAUUUCAACCGGAGGGGAAAGAAAUAGUCAUAAUGAUGAAGAGAUGGAAGCUUCAAAGGAGGAGAGUAAUGAUGAGAAAGCAGCUGAGCGUGUUGAAGACGAAAGAAUAACAGAGGAGGAACCGACUGAAGGUGAAAGUGCGGAGGUUAAAGAAGCAGACUCUGGAGAUGGUGCUGGAAAACAUGCUGAAGAGGACGAGGGUGAGCAAAAUCAUGGAACCGAUGUGUCAGAAGGUGAAGCUCAGGAAAGAGACGAAAGUGAUAAACAAGAGAAAACCGCUCAAAAAGAUCCUGAGCAAGAGAGCGAAGAAACAGAGAUAACAGAGGAAUCUAAACAAGAUCCCAUUGAUACUGACAGAGAGCAAAUGAAACAAGACGAAAAUGGCAACAAACCUGAAUUCAGUGAAAACAGAGAUUCAGACUUGAUCGAAAGUAUCGACAGUAAGACAAACGAGGAUGAGGCACAAUCUUCAGCUCCCACGGAUGACGGUUUAGGUGGUACAAGUCGUAAAUUAGACGAGUCCACCGCAACAUCUGACAGAACAACAUGCUCUGAUCAACUCGCUGCUGUCGCCAAUGGAGAAAACGGAGAGGACGCGGAGGAGGCGAGCAAGGCCUCAGAGGAGGGAGCAAGUGUGCUGCUCAAACCUCAGGCACAAAUCGAGGAGGCUCCUAACGCAGAAGAGAGCGUUGCAGUGGAUGAAGAUGCUCCAGAGGCCCUGGCAGCAGAAGACAGCAGAGAUCUGGUCACAAACUGGGUAAACACGCAUCAAAUGUCAAAGGACUUCGAGACAUUUGUCGAACCUUUAGAGGAUUUGAGGGAAGAGACGUCACACGUCCAAGUGAACAGUAAAGAAGAGACGAUAUCUACAGAGCUGCUGACGGUAGAGACUCCACCUGAGGUGAUGAAGAAGAGUGAAAACGAGGAAAACGAGCAAAUACACAAAGUUGAAAGUGAAGGAAAACUGGAAGCUGUAGAGUCGGAGACUGAGAGCAAACCCUGUGAAGAUGAACCUCAGAGCGACGUGAACAAAGAUUCGACCGAGAAGAAAGAAGAGACUGAGGUGGAGGAAUUCAACCAGAUGAUCCAGACUGAAGAAAAUGAUGAAGAGUCUUCAAACGGACAAAGAAAACGAAGCAAGGAAUCUCUAGAGGAAGACGAGGAUCAAAAAGGACCAACACAGACGCAAAGUGAUGUUUUAAAGACUGAAGUGGAAAGCAUGGCCGGUACUCUUCAUUCUGCUGCCAGUCUCAAAGCUGAGAGUAUCACCGAGAGACAAAGUGAAGAGAAAACUUCUGCUCAUGAUCCAGGAAAAGCAACAGAAACUGAAGAGACAAAAUAUCUCCGAUCUGUGUCCAAAACCGACGAGCGCCCAGCGAGUCCAGGUGGAGCCAAAGAUGCAGAGGAAUCAUCGGGGAAAACAGAGGAGCAGAGUCGAGAAGUGACGGAAAUAACUGAUUUUACAACGUCCAAGUCCGACGAUGGAAGCCAAGAGGAGUCCCAGGACGGAGGGAUCCGGCCCAAACCGUCCGGCGGCAGCCUGAACGGAGAGAGAAGGGACGAGCAGCUGAUCAAAGACAUCAAACGCACCCUGAGCAAAGACAGACUGAGUUCUUUCUCCAUGGAUGAGACGCUGUUUGGGAGCAGCUCGAAUCCUUUGCUGAGCGCAGCGAGGACGGAGAGUUGACGCUAGAGUGGCUGGCACUAAGGUACAGUGACUCUUCAAAAGCAGCUAAAUCGGAAAGCUAUUCAAUUAUAAAAGUUCCAAAAUAGUUUUUUCUAAACUUCCAGAGAUAUAAGAGAGAACUUUGAUGCAUAAAGACAAUUGGAUGGCACUGAAGAUUUAGGUUUUAUGCUCAUUUUCAGAUAUGAACUCUUGAGAAUUUGAUAUUUUCUGGAGUUUGCCUUUCACAUAUGAAGAACAGGAGUUGGAGUUUGUCCGGGUAAGACAAGUUCACAACAACAGGAAAAUGUCUGAAACAUUCAGGUGAGGGCUGGUCUCUGGGUAGAGAAUACAGGAGGCAGGACAGGAUGUAUACAUUCUGCUGUUGGACAUACAAACAUCAACACAUCAUUCUUUUGGAAUUUUCUGGACAUUUUCCUGCUGCAUUCUCACAUAAGCUCACUCGGACAUUUGACUGUGGGGCUGGCAGGAAAAGUUCCAUAAAAUCUCGAGAGCAACUGACUCAGACAUUUGCGUUCUCAUAUACACCCCCGGUAAAUAUCAGGAAUAUGUCCGGACCUCAGAUCAUGUCUGAUGAUGAAACAACAAUGAGCUAAAGUGGAUUCCAGAUUGACCUCAGCCUUCAAGUGUCUUGUAGCUUCAUCCGUCACUCACCAGAAGAAGUAGCUGCAUAAUGAGUCAUGACUGCCAUAUUAAAAUCUGCACAACAGACCAUCACUUCCUAUUGUCGGUAACAAAGAGGCGUAGGUUUUUUGUGAGCUAUCAAGUGCAGCAGCGAUCACCUAUUACCUGUAAACAGAUCCUCCUCCACUCACACUCACAAAUGAUUGAAUUAUUCAUGGUUGUUGGGACUCCCACAGUUGAGUUGGUCCCUGAUACACACUUUGUGUUUCCACUGGCAGCGCACAUGCACAACUUUAAAGUGCUUCAGCUUUGAUAAGAGAUGUUUCUGUGCCCUGUGUCUGUCAAUGACAAAUUUAGUCAGAGCUUUAACAUAAUUAUUUGUUUGGAUGACAAUGUCUAGACAAGGUUUCAACAAGUUUAACUGAAGAUUCUUUAACACCAUUAGGAAAAGAAUCUGAGACCUAUGUCACGUACGACAGAUUAGAAUGCAGGAAUCAUUCUCAGACAUUUAUAUUUAUAUUUGCAACAACAUUUCAGGUGAGGGGUGGUGCAUCAACUCUUGACUUCUUUGUCUGUGUCUUCUACAUGAGUGGCACUGCUUUUUCAUUUGUGGGUCUUUGGCGUGUGAGAAGAUCCUUUGCUGUGUGUUCACCUCGACUUCUGCUGACAUUUGCGUUCGAACACUCGUCCUCCGGAGAAACUGCGGAGGAUCUCAGGAGUUCCGAAUUUAUUUAUGCUGCCUGAUCACAUGAUGUAGUGUGUUUGUGAGGUUUC